GAGCGGGAGGGGGCGGGUGGCCCAUCUUCCCUCCUUUGCGGCCUCCGCCUCCUUCUCCUCAGGCGCCUCUGCCGCCACCUCUCUCCCCCUCCCCCUUCCCCGACCCCCUCCCUCGAAUCGGCCGUGGAGCAGAGGCCGUUGCCGAGACCGCGCAGCCAAGGAGGAGGGAUCCUUACGAAAUAGUUCAGAAUGAGUUAUACAGAAAAACCCGAUGAAAUCACUAAAGAUGAAUGGAUGGAAAAACUCAAUAACUUACAUAUACAGAGAGCUGAUAUGAACCGCCUUAUUAUGAACUAUCUUGUUACAGAGGGGUUUAAAGAAGCUGCAGAAAAGUUUCGGAUGGAAUCUGGAAUUGAGCCCAGUGUUGAUCUAGAAACACUAGAUGAACGAAUCAAAAUCCGAGAGAUGAUAUUGAAAGGUCAGAUUCAGGAAGCUAUUGCAUUGAUAAAUAGCCUACAUCCAGAACUCUUAGACACAAAUCGGUAUCUUUAUUUUCAUUUACAGCAACAACAUUUGAUUGAACUGAUUCGGCAGCGUGAAACAGAAGCAGCACUGGAAUUUGCACAGACACAGUUGGCAGAACAAGGAGAAGAAAGUAGAGAAUGUCUGACAGAAAUGGAACGCACUUUGGCUUUGCUUGCCUUUGAUAAUCCUGAAGAAUCACCCUUUGGAGACUUGCUUAAUAUGAUGCAACGGCAAAAGGUGUGGAGUGAAGUUAAUCAAGCUGUCCUAGACUAUGAAAAUCGUGAGUCAACACCUAAGUUGGCAAAGUUACUGAAGUUACUACUAUGGGCUCAGAAUGAGCUGGACCAGAAGAAAGUAAAAUAUCCCAAAAUGACAGACCUGAGCAAGGGGACAAUUGAGGAACCCAAGUAAAACAUGUGCAGAAGGACAGCAAGCAACUUUACUACUGCACAUUAUUCUUCAUUUAUAUCAGUCUGUGACUGAAAGAUUUUUACUACAGUACAGGACUUGAUUUUUUUUUUUGAGCAAACAUCUUAAAGGGAGAAUUGAUCCUUUUAAAUGCUGGAAAAAAAUGUUGCAUUGAAAGGCGCUGUAUCUCUUUGAAAGUCUGAUUUAGGCUAUGCACUAUGAUACAUUUUUAAGAAUUAGAUAAAUUGCAUUUUGCAUUUUAACAUCCCAGUGCUUUUCUGAUUGGCCACUGAAGGAUUUUAGUUUAGUAGCCAUUCAGGUGCUGCAUUAGUAAAGAAUAUCAGUUCAACUGAAUGCCUCACACUUAAAAUGUUUGUAGAGCACUGAUUAUUUGCUUUAUGUUAAGUUAUAGUAGCCAGAUAAUGCAUUUUUCAAACACAAAGUUCUGUCAAGUUUUCAUCAAGCAUUUUUCUUCUGGGUCCCUUUUUUUUUUUUUUUUGCAUAGGAAAAAAGUGUAUAUAUAAACUUGUAAAUUGUAAUUCAAGGACUUCUUUUGUGAGGGUGUUGUGUUUGAUUUCUCUUUGGUAUUGUUUUUUUUGGGUUGUAUGGUUUCUAGGGGAGUGUGUAUGGGGUCAGGGGUUGUAUGGUUUAAUUUUAUAUAUAUAUAUAUAUAUAUUUUGGUGUUUUAUAUGGUGAGAGACUUAUCCACAAUGGAUCAAUGAACCAUCUUUUUUGCAAUCAGUCUUGCUGGAAAAAUAAAGGUUUCUUUUUGAUUUCAAGAAUGACCAAAAUGGCUUCUAAAGAGAGACAUUAUAAUCUCUUUAAUAACAAUUUUGUCACGAUGGGAUUUUUGCAGUGACAUCAACAGUGUUAACUGCAGCCUUAAAAAUGACCAUUUCUGUCUCUUCUUUCCAUAUGCUUGAGGAAUCCUUUUGUCGGGGGAUGAUAGUAGUCCUUGUGCUGGUGGUGAAUUUUUUUAAACAUUUUGUGUUUUUAUGAAAGUGGUACGGGGCUUUUUAGGAAAUUCACUUGUUUGAAACCUUCCUAAACUAAUGAUUAGCAUCUAUGGAACUGUUGUACUACAGAGUUUUGCAAAGUACCAUUCUUUUUUGUUCUUUGAUCAGCUGUAUAGAUUUUCCAUUCUUAUUCGUUUAUAGAAUUGCAAUCUUUUAGAAGUGCACAGUGGCUCAACUUCACAGUGUUCUGUAUAUGGAUACUUUCUAUAUGCAUAAUUAUAUACAUGAGUUAGCUAAUAUAUUUGUGACAUAUAAAUAUAUGUUUGAGUGUACUUUUGAUCACUGACUUUCCUAAAUUAAUGCUAAUAAUAAACUACAUGAAGUAUUCUAGACUGCUAAAUAAUCAAAAUGAAUUUGGUGAAGAGAGCAGUGAAGAAUAACAUUACAAAUGCACUAGCAUAUCGUAAUAGAUGUAAGUUUUCUUGUAGAUUAAAAUGAGUUAACUUCCCUUUGAAUAUUAAAUAUGGAAAAAUUUGAAUUGGCACUUAAGGUUUAAUGGAAAGUAGUGACCAUUAAUAGUUAUAUUGCAUUAUUCUGAAUCUUGUUUGCCUUAUUUUGCCUUUUAAUUGGAUUAUCUGGUUAACUUGUGAAGGUUUAUAUGUGACAAGAGUAUUUGUAAUUAAGUAUCUCUGGUAUUGCUGUCAUCUACAAUUAAUUGUUUUGCUAUUUUACUUGAGUUGUAUUUGUUGUUUUCCAAGCUGCCACAUUUAGUUUUAUGAAAUAGCUAAAUCUGUCAAUGUUUAGUGUUCAGUUAUACGUCUGUUUUAUGUUAUGUAAUAACAGGUUACAAAGAUGAAACAGCUGUAAUUCUUCACCAGUGAUAGUCAAGUUUUUCUCUAGCCUGAAUUUUUACAAGCUUAACUAAUAUAUUUUUUGGUAUGAAGUACUGGGGUGCUUUCUUGCUUUGCACCCCGUGUUUCAGCCAUGGUUGUACCACAGUAGAAUAAAUGCUGCAGUCAGGUGAAGUUCAUUCAUUUCUUGAAUCUUCAUUCACCUGUUUGCACCAAAUUAUACCUGAAAACAUUUUCGUAUUUUUAACAUUUCUUUAUUAUAGGGGUAUUUCAUGUUGGGAUUUCGGGCCCUGAUAAAUUAGGAUGGAAAGGCAAUUUUAAUCUCCAAAUGAAAAUUUCAGGAGCAGAAAAAAAAAUUAGGAUAGGAGUAAAGAUAAAGGCUGCAUAAUCUUUAGCAAGUACCAAGAUAGUUAAGUAUAGUCCUUAGACAUCUUUUAUUAUUAGUGUAUAUAAGAUAGCUUAUGUAUAUAAAUAAUAUAUAUAUAUAAUCAAUUUGAAAUAUGCUUAAAUGGUAGGGGCUAUGAAAUGUAUAGUUACGGAAACAUACACAGCAAAUAUCUUUGACAUCAGUACAUGAGUGGAUUUUAUCAUAUGCAUGAAAUGUCUUUAAUAGGUGUUUAUGGACAAAUUGCUGGGAUUUUGUGGUCCCAUUUAAUGAGUUAUAUUAAAAAUUCAUUGAUUUUUUGAUAUUAGUGAAAAUUGGAAACUGGACUUUUUAUUUUUUCCAUUUUUAAUAUACAAAAAUUUAUAUUUUUCCCAUGAUAUAUAUUAUUCAUGAAUUGGAAGCAUCCUUCUGAAUUGUAUAUUAAUAGUUCUCAUUGAUAGAGUACUUGCCUCUUUAUGAUCAUCUUAGUUUUUUCAUAGGACAAACAAAAUUUAAAUUUGACUUCAAAUUACAUUUGAAAUGUUAGUUUUUUCCUGAAAAUUCUAUAUUUGGAUCUCACGGUUCUGAUUAGAUAAUGUAGCAGUGUUUUUUCACAAUGAUUAAUUUUGGCUUUAUAUGCUUUCUUGUAGAAAGUGCCUUUGAAGUUAAAAUUCCUAAGUGUUUUAAGGCUUGUUAUAUUCCUGAUAUUGUAAAGUUAUAGGAAGAGUAACCUUUAUUCUUCCUUUCCCUGCUUUAAAGUCCUUUCAAACCAGAUUAGUCAAGCAUUAUUGCAUUUGAAUGAUAUGGUUUCCAGUUUUAAAAGUAUAAAGGAAAAGCUAAUCUUCAAAAUAGUCUUAUCAGACUACUUCGUUCCUGCUUUUAAACUUAUAACAUAUCAAUGAAGGAAUAGUUAUAUAGUUAACAGAGGACCUAGGAAUGAGCAUUCAUUUUAAGCCUUUGAGAGGCGAAACAACUUAUAUUCAUUCUUUUCUUGAGAAUUUAUGAUCUUUGACAGUAAAUACAAAGCAGUACCUGAAAGCCUUUGGGUAAAAUGUUUUGUGGUAUCUUUAUUUUCCUAUGAUAUCUAUAAGCUGUUAAUUUUGGGAAGCUGAGGGAACUAAUUGUUUUUAUUAAAGUGCUUUGCUAAUUACCUUUUUGCAAAUAGGUUAGGGUAUCCCUGCUGGGUUGUCAUUAUCAAGUCUUAGUACAAACAGAAGACUUAAAUUAAAAGAGCAAAGAGAGAAUUGGGUUGUCUGCUGGGCAUUUAUUUAUCUUUAAGACAGUUGAGCUUAGUAACAACUUAUGGGGCUUGAAAAUUUAGGUGAAACUUAAUGUAGCAAACAGACUCACUUUUAGCAGUGUGUCAACCUUGAUAAAAGUCCAAAAUCAGUUGUUGCUUCGUUGAAAUAUUUAUUUUGAUGGCUAAAUACCCCAUGUGGAUUAAUGUCAUUGACAUAACUGCUGUAAUUAAUGUUUUAGAAGUACAUAUUGUUAAAUUAAUAAUGUAAACCAUAUAAAUUUUAUAUUGUAUAUAAGAUUAUAAUUUGCUCUAGUGAUUUUUGUUUCAGUGGGAGUUUUUUUUACUCCAUUUUUUUCACCUUUAAUAUCUUGAUAAGUGUUUCAUUUCCUUUACUGUUGCUUCUAAUUUGGUAGUAAGGCUGUACAUCUCUAUUGAAAUAAUCAUUUGGAUACAAUUUUUACUUCUGUGAAAAGAUGUUUUGCUAACAGCAAAGAAAAAUUAACAUUUAAAAAAUAAUAUACUGAGAUUUAAAAGGUAGAAGAAAGAUAUCUUUAGAUUUAGGCUUGAUAUAUGGAAAAGCUGAUAAAUAAUUACAGCAAUCCAAAAGUGUAAGCAUUUUCCCCAUCACUUGAAGUUUUCAAGCAAAGACUGGCUAGCUACUCUGGGAUGUGUUAUAGAAUGGAUUGUUUUUAGGCUAGAAGGCCAUUGAGGUCUCUUCCAACUUGGAAAUUGGUGCUGUUCAGUAGCAUUCAUCUUGUGUUCUCACUUUUUUAUUUUUUAAAUCUUUGUACCCAUAAUACAGUCCUUUGUAAUCCUAUGAUUCUUUUAAAAAUUAUUUUAAAAUUUAACAAAAGUAUAAAAAUGAGCCAGAAUUUACUGAGCUCUGAUAAUUUAGUAAUUGAUCGCUUUUUUAAAAAUGACCAUAUCUGUCAGAUAAUAGUAGGAUAACUUGAACAUCCUUUGUUUUUCCAUCUAGACCAUAUUCCUUGUGUCUUUAUAGAUGUCACUGGUUUUCUUAAAUGUUAGGGUAACUUUCAUUCAUGGAGAGAUUGAGAGGGCAGUUUACACACCUGUAAUCUCUGCAGUCUCAAAGAGGGGAAAACCAUGUUGAAAUAAUGGGGCAGUUGAGGGUCUUGAAGGACAAUUGUGCAUCUGAAAAUUUUGUAAAAUACUGAGAUUUACUAGUGGGAGAAAUGUGCAUAUCUUUUUUUUUUUAAGUCCUGUCUCUGAAGAUGAGUGAAAACAUGUAGAUCACAAAAUGAACCAGGUUUGUUUUUAAAGAAGACUUUUGGAGUGUGGAGGAAAAUUAGGGACUCCUCAUCAGUGGUCCGUUAUGUAGGAAUUGACAUUUAAAAUUUGUCCUUUUGAUUUUAAGCUUUUGCUUUUCAAUUCUAAAGUUUUUAUACCUGUUCAGUAUUUCUUAAAGAUAGCUAGCUGUUCUUUAUGACUACUUCUCAAGAAAAUAAUAUGGCAGAUGUUGUUAGCUGUUAAACAAAUCUGCAUUUAAAUGGAAUAAAGAAUCCCUUAUCUUUUUUAAUUUUA